UGCAUCCAAUGAGGGUCCUGCCUCGCCAUCAACAGGACCCUCCCCGGCCGGCGCAAAGACGUGACGGCCUUGAGGGGCAAACUGUCGUGCUUCGCUGAGCAGUCCCUCCCACUCGCCUCGCCAGAACCGAAGAAGACAGGUGCCCCACUUACGAGCGCCACCACCCUGUGUGCCGAGCGCUACCACCCUGUGUGCCGCCGCGGUUCAUGGGGAAGAGCAGCAGGACGGGGAUAUAGAGCAGCACCAGACAGGCAUUGUUGGAGUCGCCCGCCAUCGUCGACGCAAACAACCGCUUCACAGCCUCUACGACCUCCCGCAGGGCGAGCCGUGCACACUGCGGGAGCCGCUCGAUGGAGCGGAUGGCUUGUUGGAAGUCCGCAAAGUGAUCGGCCUCAGACCGGCCAGUCAAAAACUCCACCCCUGGGGCCGGCAGGGUUCGAUGCGAUUGGUGCCAAUGGCCGUCAACGGAGCUCGUGGGGGGCGGGGGGGAGAAGGAGGGCCUCCAGGCGGCCCACCGGGAGGGCCCUGCCCACCAGGCGGGCCCGGUCCUCCUGCCGGCGGUCGGCGAAGGAACCACCGUUGGGAUGCCCGACCGCCCCCUGACAGCGGCCGACCGGCGCGUCGCUCUCCUGGCUGUUGACGGCUGGCACCCCCUGCGCCCUGGGCAGCCUCGCCCGCCUCCUGGGGGCCAUCUUGCUCACGGCGCCGCUGGUCUGCGUCUUCGCAACGGCACCGUCCGUCAGUCUCACAUUGUCGCCGCUCCUCGGUCUCACGUUGCCGUUGCUCCUCGGUCUCACAUUGCCGGCGCGCUUCGGUCUCACGUCGUCGUUGCUCCUCGUUCUCACGUUGUCGCCGCGCCUCCUCACCGCAGCGCCCAUGACAAAAACUCCCGCAGCUCAGACAAGGGUUGUCCCCUC